CCUUACUUCUCUAAAUUCCCUGAGCCCUUCAAUCUCACCAUCUCAAAUCAGAGACUUCAAUGGCUACAGCAUCAGCCACCCUUUCUCCGGCGAGAUUUUUCGUUGUCGCCACUGCUUCCACCGUGGCCUCCAGCCAUGCCACCCAGAAAAGAAACACUAUGGUGAACUCGUUUCAUGGGCUUAAAGCACGCAACAAUGUGUCGAACUUCGGCCUCUCUGUUUUCGAAAAACAGUCCUUCGCAAAAAAUGUUUGCUCUUUGGAAUACCCAUCACAGGGAAGGAGGAGUGGCGGCAGAGGAUUCCCCGUCUGCCGUAAUGCCGCCGGAGAGAUAUUCAACAUUGCAGCAAUCAUGAACGGGCUUGUUCUUGUUGGAGUUGCCGUGGGUUUCCUCCUCCUUCGAAUCGAAGCGGCCGUUGAGGAAUCUGAGUGAGGAUUGUUGUAGUGUGUCAUGGUUGUUGUAUCUUUGUCAAUUCUUCAUUUAUAUAACUAGAACUGUAUUGUUUUGGCUUUAUAAACCAAGCUACCAAACUGUUCUCUGUUUUAA